AUGAUACUGUCAGAGAAAUAUUAUUGCUACAUAAUUAUUUCCAAGAGGAGGCCACAAACAUUUGUUGUUGUAGACGAGGAACAUUGUGUCUUGGAAUGGGGUCAGGAUUUCAGGCCUGUUUUUGCCAAACUUGGCACACUUCGUGCCUUACUUCCAAAUGCCAAGGUUCUAGCUCUAAGUGCAACCCUCUCUCUUGAGGGACAGAAUGAGGUGGCCAAAAAACUAGGGAUGACGAACUAUGAAUCCGUAUCCAUGGCUUCAGCAAGAGACAACAUCUCACUAAUCAUUGGCAGUCAGGAUUGGGUGGGACGGUCAUAUGAGCUGGCAGAGAGAAUGCUGGGAGAUAAAAUGUACAGUGGAGGAUUAGAACUGAAGCACACCAGAGUUGUUCAGUUCCAUGCCCCAAUGGAGAAAACAGGGGAUAAGGUAUAUUAUGUACAGCAGAUUGGGCGUGCUGGGAGAUCCGGACAACAGUCAGAGGCCAUACUGUUCUACAACAACUCAGACAUUGGUCGGCCUCAUGUUUCUCAGACCAUGAAAGAAAUAUGCAAGAAUACAUCUGUUUGCAGACGACAGCAAGUCAAUGAAGCAUUUAGUUUCAGUAAUGAAAAAAAUAUAUCUGCAGAAACAGGGCUCUUCGACAACCUUGAUACAGAUUGGAUUUGGCGUCCAGGGUGA